ACGGAGGGCAGUAUCCUGGUCAAAAUCCCGGAAUGCGGUAUCCUCAAAAUCCCGGAAUGCAGUAUCCUCAAAAUCCCGGAGGACAGAAUCCUCAAAAUCCGGGAGGACAGAAUCCUCAAAAUCCCGGAGUGCAGAAUCCUCAAAAUCCCGGAGGACAGAAUCCUCAAAAUCCCGGAGGACAAAAUCCUGUAAAAAAUCCCACAGGACAGAAUCCUGUUGAAAAUUCUCCAGGACAGAAUCCUGUUAAAGUUCCUGGAGGGCAAAAUCCUGUUAAAAUUCCUGAUUGGGGUGUUCAACAUGGCAAUCCUCCCCUAAAUCAUUUUCCUGAUGCUUUUGUUUAUGAUCAUUCUACCAAACUUACGACGAACCCUGACACCCAAUACCCCACGACUCCUUUCAAUAGGUGUGAUGUGUAUACAACUGUUCGAGUCCCGUGUGGAAGAGAUGAUAUCUCUGCGGAGGCUUGUGAAGCUCUUCAGUGCUGCUAUAAUGGAGGCAUGUGCUACUUUGGGAAGGCGGUGACGGUCCAGUGCACCAAAGAUGCUCAGUUUAUCGUAGUGGUAGCCAGAGCUGUCACCUUACCCUCCAUCGACCUGGAAACCUUUUCACUAUUGGGAGAUGGUCCUGGCUGCAUGACUGUUGACUCGAAUUCCGCUUUUGCCAUCUACCAGUUUCCUGUGACCACCUGUGGCACUGUCGUUACGGAGGAGCCUGGUAUGAUAAUCUAUGAGAAUAGGAUGACCUCCUCGUAUGAAGUGGCCAUGGGACCUCUGGGUGCUACAACCCGAGACAGCAGCUUCGAUUUACUCUUCCAAUGUCGGUACAGGGGCACUUCAGUUGAAACUAUUGUUGCAGAAAUUUUCCAACCGCACGAGCAUCCUGCAGCAGUGUUUGCUCGGGGUCCCAUCAGUGUGCAGCUGAGGUUGGGUAAUGGGCGAUGCCUCACGAAGGGUUGUGACGAAGAGGAAGUGGCCUACAACUCUUACUAUGUGGCCGCGGACUAUCCUGUGACCAGAAUCUUGAGGGAUCCCGUGUAUGUGGAGGUUCAACUCAUGGAUAGGAGUGACGCCAACCUUGUCCUUAAUCUCGGCCGCUGUUGGGCCACCACGAGUGAAAAUCCUCACAGUCUGCCUCAGUGGGACAUUCUUAUUGACGGGUGUCCAAACAGGGAUGAUCGCUACACGUCUUCUUUGGUUCCAGUUGGUCCUAACUCUGGUCUGGACUUCCCAAGACAUUACAGGCGUUUCAGUUUCCAAAUGUUUACCUUCGUGGACCCCAACUCACUAGAACCACAAAAAGAGCAGGUGUAUAUUCACUGCAGUACAUCUAUCUGCAACGCUGGAGCUGGCUUCUCUUGUGAGCCGAGUUGCUUAAGCCGGAGAAGGAGAGAUGCGAAAUAUGCGGUCAAGAAGAUGGCUGAGCCAAGGAUCGUGGCCUCUUCUGGACCUCUGCAGAUGAUUAGCACCGGGCAGUGUAAACAGAGCAGUUGCAAAGUUUUGACAUUUCAUUGAAACAACAUAUUGGUGACUUUACGUAUGAUAUCUCGAAAGUCUGCUACAAGGCAUAUGCGUCAAAUCUAAAAAUGCAAUGAGAAUAAAAUGGAUUCCUCAAAUGCCUGUAAGCAAAACAUAUAAAAAAAAGUGCUUUUAUGUACAAUGAAUGCUUAUAUUUUGUGUCCUGCAAUACUUUAUGCACUGUAAAUAAUAUAGCAGAAUGAACAAUUGUAAUUCAGCUGAACUGAUUGUAUAUCAUUUUGAAAUCCCAAAACCACGUUGCUCUCAGCAACAGUCAAAUUGAAUUAAACGGAAACAAGAACAUCUAGCAAUUUUUUUAUGCUAUCAAAAAUAAAAUGCUGCCUUUUCUACCCCAAUUGUCACUGUGCAAGUUAUCCAGACUACCUGUAUCAAAGAAAAAAAUAAAAGCUUGCAAAUGUUUCGUCUGCAUUUCACCAACAAAUCCAUCCAAUCCUUCACAAUUUAUUGUAGUAAUGUUUACUUUUCCAUUUCUUGAUUCAAAUGUAGUCAGAAGAUUUUUUUUGCCAACAUGAUAGUUAACAUUUGAACAAUAAAUGC